GUCCCUGACUCUCUCAUCAACGUCUCUCUCCGCGCCAAUGGCUCUCUGAGCCCUUGUUUCACUCGCUCCCACUGCUCUAACAGCUCCGUCAUUCAUUCGCUCUCUCGUACAUCCAUCCAUCCAUUUAGUCUGUCGUUUCCCCACAACACCAACAACACCAACAGCGCCAUCGCGCCGCCCAGUACGCGCGCCGAUCACGCGAUCCCCACCUCUAAUCAAUUCAAUGGCCGCACCACCAACACCAGCAGUGCCCAAGACGCAGCUCCCCGACUGGGAGAUCCCAGCCAAUGGCGCAACGGCACACAAACCGGGGCUCAGCGCGAAGCUGCGCGCGCUGCUCCCGGCCCCCGCCCACAACCACCACCAGCGCUAUUCCUGUACCAACCUCCGCACCAACAGGCGCGCCCAACUGCUGCUAGGCGCGGGCGCACUGCUCGUGCUUGUUGGCCUCGUCGUGGGGUUGGCGGUCGGGCUUACUGUGGGGCGGAACUCGCGGCACGCCCAAAACCUGCCCCUCCCGACCUCCAGCACGCCCCACACGGGCGACCUGACGUACUACGGGCCCGGCCUCGGGGCAUGUGGCAUCGACAGCUCCGACAAGGACCUUAUCGUGUCCAUCUCGCAGCAAGUCUUCGACGCCGCAGGCGCCAACGCUGGCGUUGGUGGAAACCCCAACGCAAACCCCCUCUGCAACCGCAAGAUUCGCGCGCGGCGGUACCACGAAGGCUUGCACGCAAACCGCAGCGUCGAUCUCACGGUCGUGGAUCGCUGUGUUGGCUGUGCGGCGACGGAUAUCGAUGUCAGUCCGGGCGCGUUUGAUGAGUUGGCCCCAAGGGAGAGUGGAAGGGUUGCGGUUGUUUGGGCUUGGUUGGGGGCGGGAGCGGGGGCGGGAGAGUAGGUGGGGGAGGGGGUGAUGUGCUGAUGUGCUGAUAUGGAGUUGUUGUUGUUGUUGUUGUUGUUGUUGUUGACCUACCGUAGAUACCCGGGCGCGCAGCCCAUUCGCACUUACUUCUGUAGUUGAACCUAGUCUAGCACUAGGUAGGUACUAGGCACCACUUAGCACCACUAAGCCUGCCUUUUUCACAGGAGGUAGGAAAUCAGUCGGUCUGCAGGCCAGGCCAGCCACUUUCCUACCUACAUGCAUACCUACCUACUUUUCACACAUACAUCUAUCUAUCCUGCCAGGGAACAGAAAUAUCUAAACAAACAAACAAACACACGAAUCCCCACUCACGCCCACCAGUCACCAGACCUCACCAUUCUCUUACUUAUUUACCUACCUAUCGUACUCCUCAGUCCUAGCCCUCGCAUAGCGCGAACUAGGUACUAACCUAACCCAAGCAACCCACACCGCUCCCCUCCCCCAUUCCCUCCUGCCCAACACGUACGUCAC